AAUUAGAAAAAAUUCUCGUGAGGUGUGUUUGGGUUGUGUGUGUUCAUCCGAUUUUUUUUUUUUUUUCAACACAACCAGAUAGAAAACCAAAAAUUUCUUGCUUUCUCCGCCUUACUGGCCUGCAAUGCUUUGCCUCUGUAAACAGAUCCAUACCAUCAAUCGAUCUUUCUACAAAGGUUCAACUGUGUCCUAGAGUUCUUCUCAUACACCGGGUAAACUAGAAAUGGAGCCGCAAUUGGGUACAACUCUUGUGCUUGCAGGAAAAUCCGCUGCAGAAAAUGGCAUGGCCUGUUGUUUGAAGAAGAACGACGCAGUAAAACUCCCUGACGGUUCUCCAGUAAAUGUUUGCUUGCAUUCGGAAAUUGAAAAUCGACAGAUCGUUGGUAACGACGAUGCUUUCCGAUUGAAUUUGUACAUGAAUUCUCUCUCAACUGAUCGCUUCGGAAAGCUGCUCAUUUACUCCCCCAAAUUAUCCUCCACGCACGACGUUGUUUCAAAUAAUUUCAGUGAGUUGCCUGUUGGAGCUGUGUGUGUUGCAGAUAUCCAGCUUAAAGGCAGAGGCCGUUCCAAGAACAUUUGGGAAUCACCCAAGGGAUGCCUUCUGUUUUCAUUCACUUUACAAAUGGAGGAUGGUAGAAUUGUCCCACACGUGCAGUAUGUUGUUUGUUUAGCUAUGACGGAGGCAAUCAACGACAUCUGUUGGAAAAAUGGCAUGCCUGCUCUUGAUGUUAGAAUAAAGUGGCCAAAUGAUCUAUACUUACAUGGUCUUAAAGUGGGAGGCAUUUUGUGCACAUCUACGUAUAAAUCUAAGAAGUUUAAUGUCAGUGUUGGAAUUGGCUUGAAUGUGAGUAAUCAGCAACCAAGUACAUGCUUGAACACCAUUUUACAUAGUUUGGGUUGUGUUGACCGGCAAUUACAACGUGAAGAUAUCAUGGCUGCUUUCUUCAAUAAAUUUGAGAGUCUUUAUGAUAUCUUCAUCAUUCAAGGUUUUCAAGCAUUAGAAAAGCAGUACUACAAGACAUGGUUGCACAGUGGACAGCGGGUUAUCGUACAGGAGAAGGAUGAUAAUAUGAACCAAGUCUCGGAAUAUGUGGUGACAAUCCAGGGUCUAACCUCUUCCGGGUACUUAUUGGCAAUCACUGAUGACGGUCAAACAUGCGAGCUUCAUCCUGAUGGAAACAGUUUUGAUUUCUUUAAAGGGCUGGUGAGCAGAAAGGUAGCAUGAAAAGAGCUUUGAUGGCAACCUCGGCUGCAGCUAUAAAGUAUACACCAUGUAGGAGGGAGAGCAGUCCUGGGCUGUAAGAUUACAUUUUCUUAAACCUCAGUUACUAAGAAUGCUUGAGAUACUUGUACAUGUAACUUGUGCUCCUGAAUAGAAUCGGUAAAGCAUGUCAGCAUGAGAACAAGAUAGAAUCCAUGUAAACGAGCAUCAUGAAAAUAGAAAUGCUCAUGGUUUAUGCUGACUGGAAACUGAAUUUUAGCAACUAAGAAUAUCUCAGAAAUGCCUUUUGUUCA